AUGACGGAAAAGUUGAUUCAUUCUGAUGAAAGUUCUAGGACAAUAUAUUGGGAUGAUAAGGAUUUGCUCAUAAUGUCAUGUGAAAAAAAUGCUUGGUCUCCAAAGGCAAGAAGGUUUAGUAAUGAAUCUGAAGAUUCGAUAUCUGUUAAUUUUGAUUUGGGAAAUAAAUAUCCUCAAGCUAAGAAAUUUUAUUUCUUUGGUGUAUAUGAUGGGCAUGGAGUGCAAGAUGCUCACAAGAUUUCAAAAUUAUGUUCUGAGCUACUGCCAGAAAAUAUUGCCAAAAAUUUGACAAUGAAACAUAAAAAUGAAGAACAAAAUGUCAUAAAUGCCAUAAAAAAAGGAUUUGCAGCAACGGAGCAAUAUAUGAAAGAUGAACUUUUUAGAGAAGCACAGGAUUCUGGAAGUACAGCACUGAUUGCCGCUAAUAUUGGAGAUUCACCUGGUUUUAUUUCAUCAAGAAGAUUAUGUUCUCUUCAAAUUACAAAGGAACAUGAUGUACAUAAUAAAGCUGAAAUUUUACGAUUACGACAACAAACAAAAGAAAAAGAUGGUGUUGGUUUUUCUAUUUAUAGAUUAGCUCCUGGAAGAAGAGAAAAAUCUUGGGCAUGUAUUACAAAUCGCCUUAGAGCAUAUAAAAGAUUGCCAACACAAGUUUUACUAAGUUAUAUUAAACAACAUUUAAAUUCAGAAAAUCCUCUUAAAUCAGCUUGUGAUGAAUUGGUCAAACUAUGUGAUUUAGUCUCUCAAUCAGGAUAUUGUAUUGAUGAUAUGUCAAUUAUAGUAAUAGUAUUUUUAAAUGGCAAAACAUUAAAAAAAUGGUGUAUUGAUGCAUCUAAACGAGCUGAAAAUCCUGAAGAAUGGUUAAAGAAUGAACGAAAUGAUGAUGAUGAAAUUUCUGAUAUUUCAGAAGAAGAUUUAGGUGAAGAUGGCUCUCCGGAAAAUAAUAUUGACUUUGAUAUUUAUGAUACUUCAAAUCAGUAUUCUGCUGAAGAAGCUGAAGAAUUUGAUGAUUUGACUGUUCCCGAUACUUAA